AAUAUUUUUUUAAAAAAAUUACUACAUUUAAAAGUCUCUUCAGAAAUAUCAUGCUGGUCAAAUCUCUACUUUGUAAAAUAAUAAAAACCUUUCCUUUUGCAAACAAAUAAAAAUUUAAGCACCAAAGAUCAAGCUCUUGUCUUUGAUUAUUCAAAUGCAGUUGAUAGAUGACAGUAGGUUAUGGAGAGACAGGAACUCACAAGAACGCUAGCUAAUCAACUAAAAGAAAAAGAGAUGAGAGAGAGGGGUAGAGAGAGAGUGCGAGUAAAUGGCAGUGGAUCACGGCAAUGACGGCGAGAACAGAGUGCGAGGUCGACAUGGAGGCAUGGAGAACAGAGAAGGGGUUUUUAUGAUAAGGAGGAUGAAGGAUCUUAUGGGAAGAGUUUUCGGAACUUCAGCUGGACAAUCUAUAACCAAGCAACAGCCUUCUAUUUCUCAAACUUCCCCGAGGAUUGGACAUAUGAACAGAUAUGUGAAGAGAUUGGAGAGGCAGCUUGACCAAAUAUGGGUUGGUAACAGCAAACUGAGGGUGAAUUGUCCAAGAUUCCAAUUAAACACUGGAAGAGACGAAAAGGAAAAGAACAGCCAAUACAAGCAGAAACCAGAAGGAAGAAUCAACUUCUCAGAGGCAGUAAGAGUGCAAGGGCGUAGCUACGUUGAUGCAGUGUUAGGGGAAAGGAAAGGGGAGCAAAAUCAGCAGAAGAAGGAGAACAAUAAAGAGAGAAGGCAAAUUUGGCAAGUAAAAAGCUCAGAUACAUCCUGGACUGGGCUGGAGUUUAAAUCCAAUCAAGAGGAGUGCAAAUGGUUGGAUGGUUUCUUCGUAGGCAUGGCAAGGUCGGUGGAGAUCGUACCAGUGAUACAAGAACGUAUGUAUAUGGAAGGGAUGUUCUCUGUCAGAGUUAAAGCCAUGGGCGGUAAAAUGGUGUUAAUAGACGGAGAAGACAAAGAUGAGCUCAAGCACUUGAUGGAAUCUGCAGCGGAUUGGUUUAGCCAGUGGUUUGAGGAAAUCUGUCCAUGGACCCCCACAAUGGUGGCGAAGGAGCGGUUUGUAUGGCUAAAAAUUAUGGGGGUUCCCCUAUCAGUUUGGGGUGAUAAUUUUUUCUCUACUAUUUCAAAUUUGUGGGGAAAAUUUAUCUCUCUUGACGAUAGCACCAGGUUGAAGAAAAGGUUUGAUGUGGCAAGAGUGCUAGUGUCAACCACUCUAACGAACAAUAUUUCCAGAGUGUUAAUGGUUAAAGUGGAUGGUCAAUUCCACAACAUUGUGUGCAGAGAGGAGGACGGGAGCAAUGGAUUCUUUAAUCUUAAAACCGAUUACAAUCUUGAUUCUCAAUCUAAUUCGGAUGAUGAGGAUAUUGAGCUCUGGUCUACUGAUCAUUAUUCUGGAGAAGAGUUUGAUGAAGCUAACCAUGCCUCCCGGAGUAAAAAUCAGGUGAAUUGGUCUGAAGAGGAUGGUGGGGAAGAAGAAGCUGACAUGGCAAUUGGAAAAGCCCAAGAAAUUCAAAAAUUUCAAAUUGUUGAUGAGACUCCUAGUUCUAGCUAUGCAGAGCACAUUAAUGAGUUAGGAGGCGGAAGUGGAGAAAGUGAUAGUUCCAAGGAGCAGGGUCUUAGUGUGGUGAAAGAGACACAGAUGGCUGGAGCAGAAAAUUUAAUAACUCAGCAGUGUGAUCAUGAGGAAGUGGUCGGUGUGGGGCCAGACAAUGAGGUGCUUCAAGGGGAUCAGGGGGAUAUGAAUAAGACAGAUCAGAGUUUGGGCCAGAUAGUAGCCCAGCCCGUCUCAAAUGGGACAGGGGAAAGGUUAAUGGAAAAUGGGCCAAAAGCAAAUGUUGGGCUCUUAUCCUUAAGGCCGGCCAAAGGCAACCAAGAUAGAAUACAUCCUCAAGAGCAGAUCGACGAAGCUGAAGAUGCAGGAGUGCCGGCCGAUGAUGGGAAUGAUGCAAGAGGUGAUGAUUCUUUCUGGGCGGAGCUAAGUAGCGAUUCAGGACCGAUCGCAGACUGGAUUAGCAGGUUUAAAAGAUCGAAUUUGAGAAAGAAGAAGCAGAGGAAGAAGAAAUCAAGGGCAUGCAUGUCGGUAUACAAAGAUGUCCGGACUGUUGUGAUGGGGAAAGGAAAGAAGAGCAGAGAGGGUAGAUUAAAAGCGAUUUCAACCCAGCAAGGAGGACUACCGAAAUUCUUCUCAAAUGCCGAAAAGCCUGUUGCAGGGGAGUCAAUUUCGGAUGGAGCAAUUAUUAAUUGUAACAAAAGAAGUAGAGCCAGAUCCAACUCAAAUUCAGCAAAGGAAAUAUGGAACUUUGCCAAGGAGAUAGGGUUGACAGCAACCGGUGAUGAGCAGAUCAUUAUCCAACAAAUAGAGGAAAUGGAGAACAGAGAUAAGGAAAGGGUUGGGAGUCACAGGGAAAAAGAGGGAGGUAUUUGGGUAGAGGAGGAUAUUGCUGUUAAUUUGGUGAAUGUUUAUGCGCCGUGUGAUGUCAAGGAAAGAAGAAUGAUGUUUGACGAAUUGAAACUAGUGAUUACAAACAAAGGAGGGUGCUGGUGCCUUAUGGGCGAUUUCAAUAUAACUAGAAAUCAACAAGAAAAGAGUGGAGACAGAGGUGUUUCAAAUGGAAUGAGAGUGUUUAAUGAAUUCAUCAGGGAUAUGGAGUUGGUUGAUCUGCCUUUGAUUGGAAGGAAGUUUACCUGGUAUAAGCCUAAUGGUGAAGCUAUGAGUAGACUCGACAGAUUUCUAAUGACUGAAGAUUGGAUGUCUAAGUGGGUUAACUCGAAACAGUGGGGUCUGAAACGCUCUAUAUCUGAUCACUGCCCCAUUUUACUCAAAAGUCAGCACAUUAAUUGGGGGCCUAAGCCUUUUAAAUUUUUUGACGAAUGGCUAUUACAUCAGGAAUGCAAGACCAUAGUGGAAGAGGAGUGGAAGAAGACUAAUGUUCAAGGCUGGAAAGGAUUUUGUGUGAAGGAAAAACUCAAGGCAGUGAAACAGAAGCUAAAGAAAUGGAGUGCUGAAGAGUUUACACAGCUUGACCUUAAGAUUAAUGAGGCCAAGGAGAAGAUUGCAAGUCUCGACAGAAUGGGGGAGCUUAAACAACUGAGUGAUGCAGAGAUUAUGGAAAGGAAACAACUGUUUAUGGAGGUUUGGAGUAAAUUAAAGAUUAAGGAAGGUAUGUACAAGCAGAAAGCAAGGAAGGCUUGGCUCAAGAAUGGUGAUGCGAACUCUAAAUAUUUUCACAGAUGCAUUAAGAGCAGACAGCGAAGAAAUGAAAUUAACUGUAUAGAAAUCAAUGGUAAACAGCUUGUAGGAGUAGAAGAGGUAAAGGACGGGAUUGCUAAACACUUCCAAAAUUUCUUUCAGAAGGAGAAAUGGGUGAGACCUGUUCUUGAUGGUGUGGACUUCAAACAAAUCUCUUCGCAGCAAGCUGAAAGGUUAUCUGCCUCUUUUUCAGAAGAUGAAAUAAAAAAAGCAGUGUGGGAUUGCAGCUCUUCGAAGGCCCCUGGUCCGGAUGGUUUCAACUUCAGAUUUUUUAGAGAAUUCUGGGAGACUAUCAAGAAGGACGUGGUUGGGUUCCUGCAGGAAUUUCAGAAAUAUGGGAAGUUGGUCUCUGGUUUAAAUGCUUCUUUCAUUACACUUAUUCCAAAAGUGAGCAAUCCUCAGAAAAUUGAAGAGUAUAGGCCCAUAUCUUUGAUCGGUGCAAUGUAUAAAAUAGUGGCAAAACUAUUAGCUAAUAGACUCAAGGAAGUUAUUAGUUAUGUUAUCGGGGAGCACCAGAUGGCCUUUGUUGAGGGAAGACAGCUCACGGAGGCCGUGGUUAUGGCUAACGAGAUCAUUGAUGAAGCGAGAAAGAAGAAUCUUAACAGCUUUAUCCUGAAAAUGGAUUUUGAGAAGGCCUACGACAAAGUGAGUUGGUCAUUUUUGGAUUAUAUGAUGAGUAGAUUUGGGUUUGACAAGACAUGGAGAGGAUGGAUUCUGGAGUGUCUCCAAACCAGCAGUGUUUCAGUUUUGGUUAACGGGAGCCCAACCAGGGAGUUUACAGUGAGUAGGGGAUUGAAACAAGGCGAUCCCCUCUCCCCUUUCCUAUUCCUAAUGGUGGCAGAGGGAUUAAAUGGACUCAUUCAUUCCGCCAUCAGAAAAAAUUUAUUCCAGGGUGUGGCUGUGGGGUACAACGGUGUAAGCUUCUCACAUAUACAAUUUGCUGAUGACACAAUUCUCUUUGGGAAGGCUACCGAGAGCAAUGUGUGGGCUGCCAAGUGCAUCCUCAGAUCUUUUGAGCUUGUAUCUGGGCUCAAGAUAAAUUUCUCGAAGAGUCAGUUGAUGAGCAUUAAUAUGGAAGAGGAGUGGACAAUUAGAAUGUCGUACUUGUUAAAUUGCCAGAUUGGUGUUAUUCCUUUUAAAUACCUGGGAAUGUUGGUAGGGGGGAAUCACAGAAGGGUAUCUUUUUGGCAAACUCUGGUGGACUCCUUGAAGAAGAAGCUGGCAGGUUGGAAAGGGAAAUGGUUAUCGUUUGGAGGUAGAAUAACGCUGCUAAACUCUGUUCUUACGUCAUUGCCUGUUUUCUUAUUAUCUGUUUUCCUUGCACCAAAAAAUGUUGUGAGAUCUAUUGAAAAAAUCAGGAGGGAUUUUUUAUGGGGUGGGUGUGAGGAUACUAGGAAAGUGCACUGGGUCAACUGGGAAAAGGUCUGUAAGGGUAAACAUGAAGGGGGGUUGGGCGUGAAGAGUAUUAGGGCGUUUAAUCUUGCUCUUCUCGGUAAAUGGUGGGGGAAGCUCGCUAAAGGGGAGGCGGGGUUGUGGAGUAGGCUAAUUAAGGAAAAAUAUGGCGCUGGGAAUGAUAGUUGGUUGUCAUGGGUUAAGAAUGGUAGAGGGGAGGGCUCUAGUUGGUGGAAGGAUGUUUGUAGGAUAGAUGUAUUGGGAGACAAUAGAAAUGGGUGGUUAUCUAAUGGUUUCGAGAUUAUAGUAGGAGAUGGAGAUGGAAUAAGUUUCUGGUGGGACUCAUGGUGUAAGGAUGGGGUCCUAGCUCACAAAUUUCCAAGGCUUUAUAUGCUUUCUGCAGGUAUGGACUAUAAGAUAAAGCAAAUGGGAGUCUGGAUCGAGGAUAAAUGGAGAUGGAUGUUUCCAUGGAGGCGUGUGUUGCUGGACAGAGAAUCCCAAGCAAGAAAGGAACUAGAGAAGAUGCUGGAAGCAACUAAAUUACACCAAGGACGAAAGGAUAAGUGGGAUUGGAAGUAUAGCAUGGAUGGUAGCUACACAACAAGUACAGGGUAUGCAAAUCUUGCUGCCUCACAAGAACAGAGCCAGAAACAUGUCUUUGGAAGAGUAUGGAAUCCAAAUGCCCCUUCAAAGGUGUGUGGCUUUAGUUGGCAACUUCUUUUAAAUAGAAUACCUACUAAAACCAAUUUAUUCAAGAGAGGUAUCAUCAAGGAUCCGGCUGAAGUCAUGUGCAGCCUUUGCAAAGAGUAUAUGGAAGAUUGCGAUCACUUAUUUCUCUCUUGUAAAAUCACUACCGAAAUAUGGAAUAGAUGCUUGAAUUGGUGGGGUGUUCAAGCUGUGUUGGCUAGUAAUGUAUGGGAUGGUUUUAGGCAACAUGAGGGUAUUGCAGUGUCCAAACGAAUGAGGGUCGGCUGGGAAGUGGUGUGGUUUGCCUUGGUAUGGACUAUAUGGCUUACUCGUAAUGAGGUCUUGUUCAACAAUAAAAUUGUGGACAAAAACAAGUUGUUCGAUUUAGUCCAAGUAAGGUCCUUUCACUGGCUGACUAACAGAGGGAAGGUUUUGAGGUACAGUUUCUCUGAUUGGCUCCUCAAUCCCCAUCUAUGUAAUGUGAGUGCUUAAGUGCAUAGGUUCUUAGGCACUUUAAAUCUUAUGUAAAUGGGUAGAGUACCCCUUGUACUCAAAAUAAAAGUUUUUUUUGCCU